AUGAUAUUAUUAUUAGCAAAAUAUGACCCAUUGUUAAAAGAACAUGUAGACAAGGCAGUUAUGCAAAGUCAGAAGUUGUAUGAAUCCAGAAAAGAAGCUGUACAUGCUGGACGUCCUGGUAAAUUUGUUACCUUUUUAUCAAAAACUACUGCAGAUUAUGUUAUAGAUGCAAUUAGUGUUUUAUUAAAGAAAAACCUUUCAGAAAUUAUUAAGAAAUCUGAAUUUUUUAGUGUUCAAAUUGAUUCAACACAGGAUAUAAACGUUCAUGACCAAUUAGCUAUUGUUGUUAGAUUUGUUACAGAUGACGUACAAGAACGUUUAAUAGCAUUAGUGAACUGUAAAUGUGGUACUGGUAAAAAUCUAUAUGAUCUAUUAUGUAAAGUAUUGGAAGAUAUGAACUUGGAUGUUACAAAAUGUGUUGGAAGUUCGACUGAUGGUGCGAGUAACAUGCGUGGACAGUAUAAUGGUUUUUCAGCAUGGCUAAAUAAAGUAAGUCCAGACCAAAUCCAUGUAUGGUGCUAUGCUCAUGUGCUCAAUCUGGUAAUAAUUGAUACAUCUAACGUUACUCGUGAAAGUACUUCUUUAUUCGGUUUAUUAAACUCUAUUGCAGUAUUCGUUAGAGAAUCGUACCUUUGA